AUGCCACUGGUGAACCCCGGCCCACGCAACAACCCGGGCCUGCCACCCCGACAGGGUCUCUACGACCCAUCCCGGGAGUCCGAGGCUUGUGGUGUUGGAUAUGUGGUCAACAUAGAUGGAAUUCGAUCACACCGGGUGCUGCAGGAGUCGCAGGUCAUGUUGCAGAGAAUGGAGCACCGUGGUGCGUGUGGUUGUGAUAAUGACUCAGGAGAUGGAGCUGGAGUUCUUACUGGCAUACCCCAUAAUUUGUACGCCAAAGCCCUCAGGGAGAGCAACCCGGCCAUUGAGCUGCCGGAACCAGGCAAAUACGCAACUGGCUUGAUUUUCCUGGACCCUUCAACAGCAGCCAAUGCAGAGGCUGUGUUUGAGAAAUAUGCUCAAGACUUUGGCCUGCAGGUUUUGGCCUGGCGGACUGUUCCAGUUCACAGUGAUGUCAUUGGUGCAGUGGCAAAGUCAACAGAACCAUUGAUUAGACAGGUAUUCGUGUCUUCCAGUAAUGGAGUUCCCAGUGACCACUUGGAGUUCACAAGACAGGUGUACCUGCUGAGGAAGUAUGCAUCUCAUCAUGUACCGGAGCAGGACUAUCGGUUCUACAUCUGCAGUCUCAGCUCAGAAACUGUUGUCUACAAGGGGCAGCUGAACUCUCAUCAGUUAUGGCACUUUUACGAGGACUUGAAGAACCCAGCUUUUGAAACCCACCUGGCCCUGGUGCAUAGCAGGUUCUCCACGAACACAUUCCCCAGCUGGGAACGUGCUCAUCCUCAGAGAAUGCUGGCCCACAAUGGUGAGAUCAACACACUGAGGGGUAACCGCAACCUGAUGAAGGCCAGGGAGGGAGUCAUGAGUAGCAAAGCUUUUGGGGACAAGCUUUCCCUGGUCUAUCCUGUCAUUGAGGAAGGCAUGUCAGAUUCUGGUUCUCUGGACAAUGUCCUGGAGUUCCUGUGCAUGGCAGGUGGAAGAGAGCUCCCUGAGGCUAUAUUGACAAUGGUGCCUGAAGCAUGGCAGAAUGAUGUCACAAUGACCACUGAAAAGAAGCUGUACUAUAGAUGGACCGCCUUCUCUAUGGAACCCUGGGAUGGACCUGCUCUGCUGACAUUCACUGAUGGUCGUUACAUUGGAGCCAUCUUGGACCGAAAUGGUUUGCGUCCAUCCAGGUUUUAUGUGACCAAGGACAACUUUAUGUACAUGUCCAGCGAAGUUGGAGUGGCUGACCGUGAUCCUGAGGAUAUCAUACAGAAGCUUCGUCUGAAGCCUGGCCGCAUAUUACUGGUUGACACACAGGAGAAACGGAUCAUCAAGGAUGAAGACUUCAAAAACAAGCUGGCUCAGCUCAGACCCGUGGGUGAAUGGCUGAAGAAUGUGCUGACUAUGAAAGAGCUGCGUGAAGAGUACAAGGAGCAGCAGGAUCACUUCCAGAUUUCUGAGAUCGCCCUGCGUCAGGCCCCUGUUGGUUCCUGUAUUGAAGAGGAUCCCAGACUGUCACUGUACCUUUUCACCAUGGAUGAAAUGAACCGCCUGAUCCUGCCUAUGAUCCGAGACAAGAAAGAAGCUCUAGGCUCAAUGGGCAAUGAUGCCCCGCUGGCCUGCCUGUCCCAGUUUGACCCACUGCUGUUCCCUUACUUCAAGCAGCUGUUUGCACAAGUCACAAACCCACCCAUUGAUCCUUUCAGAGAGAAGAUUGUCAUGUCUUUGGCUUGCCCUGUGGGACCAGAACAUAACAUCCUGGAGCCUGGACCAGAACAGUGCCAGAGGCUGUGGCUGGAUCAGCCCAUACUGUCCCUGCCAGACAUGGAGAUGUUGCGCUAUCUGGAUUACAAGGGCUGGAGGUCUAAAGAGGUCAGCAUUGCCUACCCAGUGAAGGACGGAGUGGCGGGGCUGAAGCUGGCGCUCAAGAGGAUCUGUAAAGAGAGUGCUGCAGCGGCAAGAGAGGGUUACAAGCUGAUCAUUCUCACUGACAGGAGGGCCGGGCCGGACUUUGUGCCCGUCAGUUCCUUGCUGUCGAUCGGGGCCGUCCAUUACUACCUUGUUGAAGAGAAACUCCGAAUGAAAGUUGGCAUCAUUGUGGAGUCUGGAGAGGCCAGGGAGGUGCACCAUUUCUGUACCCUGCUGGGCUUUGGUGCCGAUGCCAUCUGUCCUUACCUGACAUAUGAGCUGUUGCGUAGAGUACGCAAACAGGGAGUCAUCGGUGAGGAGUUCACAGACCGGGUCAUAUAUCUCAACUUCAGAGCUGCCUGUGCUCGGGGUAUCUCCAAAGUCAUGGCCAAGAUGGGCAUUUCUACGUUACACAGUUACAAGGGUGCCCAGAUAUUUGAGGCUGUUGGUCUGGACCAGGAGAUCAUUGACAUGUGCUUCCCAGGCACAUCCUCACGCGUGGGCGGGGUCACGUUUGAUGUCAUAGCCAGAGAGGCCUUGAACCGUCACAACCUGGCCUACAGCCUGCAUGUCUGCGACAACCUGCUGGUGAUGAACAGAGGAAACUACCACUGGAGGGCCGGCGGGGAGAAACAUAUGAAUGAUCCUGCCACCAUUGCAAAUUUGCAGGAUGCAGCCAAAUCCAACAACAAGUCGGCCUAUGACAAGUUUGUGGAAUCAUCCAUUGAGAGUAGCAGGAAGUGCACACUGAGAGGGCAGCUGGAUUUUGUGAAGAGUGACAAGCCAGUGGAUAUUUCAGAGGUGGAAGAAGCCAAGAACAUUGUGAAACGUUUCUGUACAGGUGCCAUGAGUUUUGGCAGCAUCUCAAUCGAAGCUCAUACAACCCUGGCUAUCGGCAUGAACAGGAUCGGUGCCAAGUCCAACACAGGCGAAGGCGGAGAGGACCCUGAAAGGUACCUCAAUGAGGACCCACAAUUCAAUGCUCGCUCAAAGAUCAAGCAGGUGGCCUCCGGUCGUUUUGGAGUGACCAGCUCAUACUUGACACAUGCUGACGAGCUACAGAUCAAGAUGGCCCAAGGUGCCAAGCCGGGAGAAGGUGGAGAGCUGCCUGGAUACAAGGUGACGAAAGAGAUUGCCAGGACUCGUCACUCCAUCCCUGGUGUGGGUUUGAUCAGCCCACCCCCACACCACGACAUCUACUCCAUUGAGGACCUCAAGCAGCUCAUCUAUGACUUGAAGGCUUCCAAUCCGACAGCACGCAUCAGUGUCAAGCUGGUGUCUGAAGUUGGUGUCGGCAUUGUUGCAUCUGGCGUGGCUAAG